AUGGGCAGAGCUUUCCUUGCACUCGCGUCGCUAACGAUAGCCUCCGCGCAGACGACGACGGCUUUCCUUGCACUCGCGUCGCUAACGAUAGCCUCCGCGCAGACGACAACGGAGUGGCUCGUCUCCGAGUCGCCGCACUGGUAUGCGAUCACCCAUGAUCCCUUUUGCGACGAGCUCGCCGCGGGCACGCUGCCCAAUGCGACGCUCACGCGCUACCUCGUGCAGGACCACAAGUUCCUCGACGCCUUCGUCGUGCUCCUGGCGUCGAUGAUCGCCCACGCGCCGACGCUCGCGGACCGCGUGCCCGGCGCGCAGUUUCUCGCGCUGAUCACGGGCAAGGAGAACACGUACUUCGAGCGGUCGUUCGACGCGCUCGGCCUCGACGCGGCGGCGCGCGCCGCGCCGCCGGCGCCGGCGACGUCGGCCUUCAUCGGCCUCAUGCGGCGCGCGGCGGCGUCGGGCGAGCUCCACGCCAUGCUCGCCGUGCUGGUCGUCGCCGAGUGGAGCUACCUGAGCUGGGGCGAGCGCGUCGUCCCGCGCGACGGCCUGUCGUUCUUGCACCUCGAGUGGAUCGACCUGCACCGCGGCGAGUACUUCGCGGGCGUCGUCGCCUACCUGCGCGGCAUGCUCGACGCGCUCGACCUCCACGCGUCCGAGAUGGCGAUCGCGAAGUCGUACUUCGACGACGCCGUCAAGUGCGAGAAGGACUUCUGGGACAUGGCGCGCGGCGGCGAGGGCGAGCUCUAG